AUGGCCGCCAGACUAUCCAAGUCGCAACGUUUGAUAAUUAUCAUCGGCAUAUCUUUCUCAUUCUUCGUUGCUGAGAUCUCAGUCGGAUUUUACACCCACUCACUUGCCCUCAUCGCUGAUGCAUUCCAUUAUAUGAAUGACUUGGUAGGAUUUAUCGUUGCUCUCGUUGCACUCAGGAUCUCACAACGCGAUAAUACACCCGAAGCAUUGUCUUUCGGCUGGCAAAGGGCACAGCUCUUAGGAGCUUUCUUCAAUGGCGUUUUCCUCCUGGCGCUCGGUGUGAGCAUCUUUCUACAAUCCGUUGAACGAUUUGUAUCUCUGCAGAAAGUAGAAAAUCCAAUGUUGAUCUUGAUAAUGGGUUGUGUGGGUCUUACGUUGAACAUCAUCAGUGUCACAUUCCUGCACGAGCAUGACCACGACCACGGCAGCGCGAGCGAGCAUCCAGCGGGCGCCGCAACUGAGAAUAGCAUCGAUCUCUCAGCUAUAACAACGCACCCACAUCAGGAUCAUCGUCAUACAGUAGCCGAAACCAGGGGAAAGGAUCAUGAUCUUGGUCUGAUGGGUGUUCUAGUACACUUGGUUGGAGAUGCUAUCAACAAUAUCGGCGUCAUAAUCGCCGCCGCUGUGAUAUGGAAAGCUAAAUACGAGGGGAGAUUCUAUGCUGAUCCUGGGGUCAGCAUGGGCAUCGCAAUAAUGAUCCUGCUCUCAGCAUUGCCACUCGUCAAGAAUAGUGGUACGAUCCUGCUCGAGAGUGUGCCGCUCGGCGUAAACCUUGCGGACGUGAAACACGACCUCGAAAAGAUCGACGGCGUAGAGUCAAUACAUGAGUUACACGCGUGGCGUCUGAGCCAGAAUAAGGCUUUGGCAUCCGCCCAUGUCCUCACCUCUGACGACUCGGUCACGAGCUUUAUGAAUUCGGCACGGCUCAUUAAGGAAUGCCUCCAUGCAUAUGGGAUUCAUUCUACUACGCUGCAGCCCGAGUUCGCUAAGUCGACCGACGCUGCUGGUGGCAAUAGAGAAUUGCCAAGUCUACGUCAGCGACUGACAAAGGCCAACUGCCAAAUGACCUGUGGUAUUCUGUGCGAAGACCUGACUUGCUGUGGCUGA